AUGGAGCAGCAGUUGGCGGCGAUCCUCGGGCCGGACCCAUCGCACUUUGAGGCACUGGUGUCCCAUCUCAUGUCCACCGCCAACGAGCAGCGCUCCCAGGCGGAGGGGCUAUUCAACCUCUGCAAAAGCCAUCACCCCGACGUGCUCGUCCUUCGCCUGGCCCAGCUUCUUCACUCCUCGCUGCGCCAUGAGAUCCGGGCCAUGUCAGCCAUCCUCCUUCGGAAGCAACUCACCCGCGAUGAUUCCGUGGCGUCCACGGUGGCGCCGCCGUCCGCCCCGUCUGCGUACCUCUGGCCACGCUUGGCGCCAUCCACCCAGUCUGACAUCAAGUCUCUCUUGCUUGCCUCCGUCCAGCGCGAGGAGGUUAAGUCAAUAUGUAAAAAGCUAUGCGACACCGUCUCGGAGCUUGCCUCCAACCUCCUUCUCGAAAACGCCUGGCCAGAUAUCCUCCCCUUCAUGUUCCAGUCCGUUACCUCGGACUCGCCGCGCCUCCAGGAGUCCGCCCUUCUCAUCUUCUCUCAGCUAUCCCAGUACAUUGGGGACAUUCUACUUCCACACCUCUCCACACUCCACACCGUAUUUCUCAAUGCCCUAUCCUCCGCUACGUCGACACCUGAUGUCCGCAUUGCUGCCCUCGGCGCUGCCAUUAAUUUCAUUCAGUGCCUCCCAUCAACCUCCGACCGAGACCGAUUCCAGGAUCUCCUCCCUGCCAUGAUGCGCACCCUAACGGAGGCACUCAAUUCUGGGCAGGAGGCCACUGCUCAGGAGGCCCUUGAAUUACUCAUUGAGCUUGCUGGGACCGAACCAAAGUUCCUCCGCCGCCAGCUAGUUGAAGUUGUCGGCUCUAUGCUCCAGAUUGCUGAGGCUGAUGGCCUCGAAGAGGGGACGCGGCACCUUGCUGUGGAGUUCGUCAUUACUCUUGCUGAGGCUAGGGAGCGUGCCCCUGGCAUGAUGCGCCGUCUGCCCCAGUUUGUUGGGCGUCUCUUUGCAGUCCUGAUGAAGAUGUUGCUGGACAUUGAAGAUGAUCAGGCCUGGCACAGUGCAGAGUCAGAGGACGAGGAUGCUGGGGAGACCAGCAACUACAGUGUGGGGCAAGAAUGCCUGGACCGUCUUUCAAUCGCCCUUGGCGGAAACACAAUUGUUCCCGUUGCAUCUGAGCUCCUCCCUGCGUACCUUGCUGCUCCAGAGUGGCAGAAGCACCAUGCAGCCUUGAUCACCCUUGCACAAAUUGCUGAAGGUUGCUCGAAGGUAAUGGAAUAUGUUAUUUGCCCGCCGAUUUUUAAUGUGCUGUUUCAUUUUCAAAAAGGGUUAUUUUGUGGGUAAAUAGCAUAAAUUGGUCGGGUCACUGUAAUUGGACGACGAGACAUCUUGUAGUUCCGAUUCACAAGCUCAUAUGGUUUACAUUCCGGCAUUAUCAGUUUGGAGAAUGAGGAUUCCGUUGUUCAAUUGCCUCAAUUAUUGUUGAUAUUUUCCUUGCCUGAGUGCUUAUUUGGUUUCCUUUUAUGGCAUUUCUUUUGUGCUAAUGCAGGUCAUGAUAAGAAAUCUCGAACAAGUUGUGUCCAUGGUUUUGAGCUGUUUUCAAGAUCCGCAUCCCCGUGUGCGGUGGGCAGCAAUUAAUGCCAUUGGACAGUUGUCUACCGAUCUGGGGCCGGACCUACAAGUUCAAUAUCAUCAGCGUGUUUUGCCAGCUCUAGCAUCAGCAAUGGACGAUUUCCAGAAUCCACGUGUCCAGGUAAGAUGCCCAAUGAUCACCUGAUGCUGUGCCAUUGAUUUUCACUUUCUAAGUUCACAUUCGACUUCUAGGAAGCACAAUUUAGACCAUUAUUUGGAACACUCCAGAUUGCAUAUGGCGUCAGCAAUUAUUUUGAAGUUGCCAAUGUUAUUUGAAUAUAUUCAUGUUCAGUUCAAAUACAACUAGGCUACUGUCCAACGAAAUGCUAAGGAUGGCAUUACUUUCAAUUGGGUCAUGUUUGAUGAUAAAUAGUCUUUAAGCACCGGUAACUUUGAAUAUCAGCUUUCGUGGUACCAUGAUUUUCGCCUGCAUCAGAUGAUGAAUAACUACAUGUCACACCAUAGGAUAGGAUUCAGAACGAUUUUGGUGAAAAUAUUUUUCUGGAAAAAUUAUAUAGGUAAUUAUUAUAAUUUAUGUUGAGGAAAAGUUGUGUUUCUAUUUCUUAUUUCCAUGUGAUUUUGUUUUGCUUGCGGUUUGCAAAAAUAUAGUUCCAGCUUGCACUCCAAUCCUUCAUGGAAACUGGAAAAUUAUGGUGAAGCAUACCAUGGUCUAAUGGUUCCCAAAAAAUGAAGAGAAAUAAUAAAGUAGAGACAAUGUUAGGGUAAAACAGUGUAGAAAGGAGUGAGGUGGAAAAGAAGGAAAAAAAAGGAAAAAACGUACCUCGAGGACUACAGUUCAACAUUAGUAUGCAGUGACAUCCCCAAUUUCCAUCCUUCUUACGGCAACGUAUCCAUGAAAUAAAUGCAUCAAUCCUUAUUGAUAUUUGGAAAAUCUCAUAGUUACAAACAUACAGUAUUACACAUCUUGAAGAACGUGCGUAAAUGGACAAGUGAUUACCAAAAUUCCAGUACAUAUAUCAAGAACGAAAUGAUUGGUAUAUGGAUGUCAAGGACCUGACUUGACAACUGAAUCCGACCUCUUUUUUUUGUCUCGUCACAUUGGCAAGAAAUAAUACUCCUGCUCGAGGAUGUUAAGUAUUUUAAAAUGCUAUUACAAUUUAGAAGGAGUGGAACUGUGGAAUAUUUAAACGAGAAUUCGAAGGCUUACAAAAUUCAUCAACAAAACUUAUAAUUAAACCUAGCUUGGUGCUGUUGUAUCCGUUUGCAAAUUUUUUGUAUUGCUUUUCUUUUCCUUGGUGCCGAAGAAAUUUUAUCAUAAUAGAUAUCCUUACGAUUAAUUGGCUCCUACCAUAUUUAUAGGCGCAUGCGGCUUCUGCAAUUCUAAAUUUCAGUGAGAACUGCACUCCAGAGAUUUUGACACCAUAUUUGGACGGAAUAGUGAGUAAAUUACUCGUUCUACUUCAGGUAUGAUGUUUCCUAGACGUCAAUAUGGAGUUCGGUUUGUGGGUAGUCUAAUGUUUUCUUGGUACAUCCUUCUGAUUUAAUAUGUCUUGCAUAUUAACCCUUGUGUACAGAACGGAAAGCAGAUGGUGCAGGAGGGGGCCUUAACAGCACUAGCAUCAGUUGCAGAUUCAUCUCAGGUGGCUUUGUAUUCUCGAGUUUUCUGCUUAAUCAGUCAUUUGAAUAGAUGAUGAUCCUGACUGAGUUUACCUUCAUAUCAUAAUGUAGGAGCAUUUUCAGAAAUAUUAUGAUGCUGUUAUGCCAUACCUCAAGAGUAUAUUGAUGACUGCCAGUGACAAGUCUCGACGAAUGCUUCGUGCGAAGUCUAUGGAAUGCAUCAGUUUAGUCGGAAUGGCUGUGGGCAAGGAGAAGUUUAGGGAUGAUGCCAAGCAAGUGAGUGAUUUCUUUUGUAUAUGCCUUCUCAGGAAAAUUUAUUUCAUCAUUUUUAUGCCUCCUCCUCCGCCACCCCCCCACCCCCCCCAACAUAUCUUUCUAUUACUCUAACCCUCUUGCUGUAUUUUCCUCUCCCUCAUUUUAUCUAUCUGCAUCUUUUGGUGAAGAAAAAGAAGGAAAUGAGAAUGAGAGUGGAAGGAGAAAGAAAGGUGAAAAAACGUUUGAUUUAUCAUGAAAAUGGGUUGAUGAUGAGUAGAUUCAUAUAAUGGAAGGACUUUGAAAAUAUCUCGCUAUCUUUGUAGUAUUAUUAAAUCACAUUUUGAUCUUGAAGAGAAAAACAGAGGGAUGACUGGUGGUUUUUAUGAUUCUGAGGUGAGAGAUAAAUUGGAUGUGUAGAUGUCUAUUAGUGGAUGGAUAUUUGUUAUCAGGUGGGUGGUGAUUUCUUGAGUUGUAGAUAAUUUCUUCUGUAGAUGCUGAAAUUUGUAUGUGGAAAUGGUUUUUUUGGGUGUGAAGAUUAAGCUGCGACACAGUGACGAAUCAUGCCUUUUCUUCAAUGAAAUUGGGUCGGCUUACUAUGGUUCUUUAAUGUUUAGUGAUGAAUGAAAAAACAACAACAAUAUCUAUCCUCUGUCCUUGACGUUUAGUUUGGUUAAUCUUGGCAAGAAACAGGAAAAUACAGCAUUCAUUUUUUUUUAAUUGCCAAUGUCUCUCAACUUUUCUGAGAACAGUUUCAUUUCAUCAAAAACUAUCAAAACAAUUCUAACAUUCUUCAGUAUUCCAGCUUGGAGCGUUAGUCUGUCACCCUGAUAUAGGUUCUACGUGAACCUAAUGCUUUUUGUUAACCCAUUUAUUUUUCUUGACUCUGUAGAUGAUGUUAAAUGAAGCAUUUGCUCUUUUUCGGUUUUUUUUAUAAUUUUGGUUCAAUUUUUUAUCAUAAAUAUUUUCUCUCAAGUAUAUUUUUCUUGUAUUGGCAUUAAAUGAUUUCAUAUUUCGUUAGAAUGAUUUUAUAUUUUUUGUUUUACUUAUCUAGGUUAUGGAAGUAUUGAUGACCCUGCAAGGAUCUCAGAUGGAGAGUGAUGACCCAACAAUCAGUUACAUGCUACAAGUAAGUGUUAAUAUCUGUCUACUUGACAAUUAUUGCUUCAGAUGUGCAGUUCUAAUAGAAGAUAUAAAAUGUAGGCGUGGGCCAGGCUUUGCAAAUGCUUAGGGAAGGAUUUUCUUCCUUAUAUGAGUGUCGUCAUGCCUCCAUUGCUUCAGUCUGCUCAACUAAAACCAGAUGUUACUAUAACCUCAGCGGAUUCAGAUGACGACAUUGAUGAGUCGGAUGAUGAAAGGUUUGUUUUCGCUUUUGGGUACCCGGUGAUGUUUUCCUGUGGAUCAGUAUUAUCCCCUCACAGUCAUUCUUCUUGAAGUUACAUCAUCUUCUUUAAAAUAGAAGAAUGUGUUCUUGUUGUAGUCAUCUUGUUCUGCACUUCCAAUUACCAACUAUCUCUAAAUUUUAUUCAUUUGAAGAAUUUGUAGUUUUUUCAUACUUUUGCAGUAAUAUAUGCAGAACACGUUUUGUAAGGGUUUUAUCUUACAUAACUCGUGACUCCUGAGGAUCAUCUCUUCUUCUAAGAAUUCAGGAUUACUAUGUAACCCAGGGAAAAGGUCAACAGUUGCUGAGAAUAUUCAUCUUUGACUUCAACGUUUCCCCCAAAACUAGCGUGGAGAAACAGAAAUUCGUUGUUUGGUCCGGAUCCAUAUCAUCCUAUUUUGUUUUCUGGUAUAGUAUUGUGGCUUCUUCUGGAUAAGCUCUUCCAGGAUUUUUCUAAACCAAGCCAUUGCUUUAAUAAUUUUUCUUUUCUUAGUGCGUUUGCCUAUCCUGCGCAUUGGUGAGCCGCUUCAACCAAUGUUCCAAGUGUGAGAAAACGAUCUAGUAAUUUAACUAUUAUUUAUUCUUUAUUUUUUUGUUGCAGCAUCGAAACCAUCACUCUUGGGGAUAAGAGAAUAGGAAUUAAGACUAGUGUCCUGGAGGAGAAAGCUACUGCUUGUAAUAUGCUUUGCUGCUAUGCAGAUGAACUCAAGGAAGGUUUCUAUCCCUGGAUUGAUCAGGUUAGUUAUACCUUUGCAUAGGUAGUUUUUCACUUUGACUUCGUCUUUUAAGAAGAGUUUUUGUUCAUGAUUUGUAGGUCGCUCCUACUUUAGUUCCUCUUCUCAAGUUCUAUUUUCACGAAGAAGUUCGAAAAGCAGCUGUGUCAGGUUCAAACGAUGUUAUGAUGAUAAUCUAUCCGUUUUCAUUUGUGGAAGACAUUCCUCUCAGCGUGCAUCCCUUUGGCUUCUGUAGCGAUGCCAGAGCUCUUACGAUCAGCUAAGUUGGCAGUGGAGAAAGGACUUGCACAAGGACGAGAUGAAUCAUACGUGAAACAGUUGUCUGACUAUAUAAUUCCAGCUCUGGUUGACGCAUUAAAUAAGGUCUGUUUUUCUUAUGCAAAUUUCUUAGCUUCACAUUAUUCUUACUUACACAUCAUUAGCGUCAGUAACUUGUUUGUGCUGAGAUUUUCAAUGUCUUUCGAUGACGUCAAACUAUAGGAGCCUGAGACAGAAAUUUGUGCUACAAUGUUGGAUUCGCUGAAUGAGUGCAUACAGGUAUGGUUCUUUCUUAACGUCAACCUUUUAUAUCCUCUCGGGCUGCCAUUUAACGAAAGAACCAUUUAGAUGCCAAUGCUUUUCUUCUUAUGGGUAAAUCCAUUGUAUCUGCUUUAUUCCUAGCUCUCUAUGGAUUUACUUAAUCACGUGAAAUAAGUUACUAGGUAAGCUUUGCCUGGUGAAUAAAAUUAAAAUGAGAACUUGUCCACACAAGCAUGAAUGUUCACACACUAGAAUUUUCAUUCACCCGAAUGUUUGAAUGUGCAGCUGUCAUUGGUGUAAACGAUUCUACUUUUCAUCUGAAGGAGAACCCACACAUUAUUUUAAAAUUUAUUAUAUUUCAAAAUAUAAGCUAUAUGAAAUUUAUUAUGUGAUGUUAUAGAUCAGGUUAGGGGUUAGAUCAAGUUGACGCAUGCAUAGGCUGGCAUGUUACUAGUUGAAGUUUUCGUUGAGUCAGGAUUUUAUUAGACUUCUGUUUUGAUUAGUCACUGCUUGUUCCAAGUUGGAGAAUAUCUAUGUCAAAUAAGUUUUUUGACUGGACCGCUUUGGGUUGACUCCAUUAAUCAGCAAGGUUGGCUCAACCAAGCCGAAAUCUGAAAGCGAUCAUUUAUCUGUAUUCUUCUUGUUUCCAUUCCCAUUCAAUUGGUAGUUGAUUAUACAUUACGGUGAAGUAUAUCUUUGAGUUUCAGGAUCAAGUAUACUAAAAUAUAUUUCCUGUUUUAAAGUCAUUUUGUUGCUCAUUCACAUGACAAGAAAGCAGCUAUAUAACAGUAUCUCGUCUACCUUUUAUCUUUGAUAUUUCAGAUUUCGGGAUCACUUCUCAGUGAAUCUCAGGUCAGGUGCAUUGUAGAUGAGAUAAAACAUGUGAUCACAGCGAGCUCAACCAGAAAGAGAGAAAGAGAUGAGAGGACGAAGGCUGAAGAUUUUGAUGCGGACGAGGGAGAGUUUCUUAGAGAAGAGAAUGAGCAAGAAGAAGAAGUACUUGACCAUGUAAGUGUUAUACUGCAUAAAUCUGAUUUGAACUCGAUUAUUCACGCAGAGAUGCAUUGAUUAUUUAUAUGAAAUUUUUUUUGUUUCAUUUUUUCACUAACUCUUUGAUAUAGGUUGGUGAUUGCUUGGGUGCUUUGAUCAAGACUUUCAAAGCUUCAUUUCUUCCUUUCUUUGACGAGCUCUCUACAUUCAUAAUGGCUAUGUGGGUAAGCCCUUACAGAUUCCCAAAUAUGCAGCACCUCUGUUCCUGCGCUAUUCAUUUUAUCUGUUCUGUUCUCUGGGUCUUUGCCAAACAUAUGUUCUCUCAAAACUAUAGUGAAUGAACGAUGCAUAUUUCUUUCUCCUCAAAACUAUUGCUUACCAUGCGUCUCUCUUUCUCCUAGGGCAAGGAUAAAACACCUGAGGAGAGAAGGGUUGCCAUUUGCUUAUUCGAUGACGUUGCAGAACAGUGUAGAGAAGCAGCUCUCAAGUGAGCAUUCCCUCUGAAGGCAUUUAUCACGCUAAUGUUUACUUUCUAAUUACAGAAAUUGUUGUGAAUAACACAUUAUUCUCCUCGCUAAACAGAUAUUACAACACCUAUCUACCAUUCCUUCUAGAAUCAUGCAACGACGAUGAUCCAGAUGUCCGACAGGUCUCAUAUCCAAUAUACCUCAAAAUUGUUGUGAAUUAUUUUUUAUUCUUUUUUGGUUGAAGAGAUCCAGCCUGCAGAAGAAAGGCAUAAGCUCAUCUACUUCACUCGCAGGCUGCUGUCUAUGGAGUUGGUGUUUGUGCUGAGUUUGGUGGGUCGGUGUUCAAACCUCUCGUGGGAGGUUGAUCUCGAACCCAGAUGUAGAACUACAAAACCCUAGACACAUAUCCAGGUUCCUGAUUAUAUCGAUCUUGCAGAGGCUCUUUCACGGCUAAAUGUCGUCGUAAGGCACGCAGACGCACUCAAGUCAGAAAACGUCACGGCUUAUGACAACGCUGUCUCUGCUCUCGGUAAGAUAUGCCUGUUCCACCGCGACAGCAUCGAUGCAGCUCAGGUAAUGCCUCUUCUUCACCUGCUUGGUCAGUGCGGAUGUUGUUACCUUUGGCUCUGCUAAGAUCGUUGACUUUGCUGGGUUUCACCUCGCGCAGGUUGUUCCAGCUUGGCUGAAUUGCUUACCCAUUAGAGCGGAUCUGAUCGAGGCGAAAGUGGUCCACGAGCAGCUCUGUACUAUGGUUGAAAGGUAACCCAUGACCGUAUUACGAGCAUCAUUUCUACUGAUUUGGUGACUCUCUGGUACAUAUACGGGUGUACAUUCCGACAUGUAUGACAUGAGAGAAAUUCGCAGGUGGGACAGGGAGCUUCUGGGCCCGAACAACGAGCAUCUUCCAAAGAUCGUCCAAGUCUUCGCUGAGGUACAGAAAUCUUUCUGAUGAAAGCCCAUUUCUAGAUAGAUGCUCCGGCGACUUUAUUCAUCGUAAUUAUGUGAAUGGCAAGAUCGACGCUGUUGAAACUUGUGCUCUUCUAGAUCUUGAUAAGUCCGAUCUUUGAUCGGGGUGGCUGUGGAUGUUCAGGUCUUGUGCGCAGGCAAGGAUCUGGCCACGGAGCAGACAGCGAGCCGGGUGAUCAAUCUUCUUCGCCAGCUUCAGCAGACACUGCCGCCAUCGGUCCUGGCCUCGACCUGGUCCUCGUUACAGCCCCAGCAGCAGCUCACUCUGCAAUCAUUCCUCUCAACCCAAUAG